AGAGGGAAGCGUCUAGAACACGUGCGCACCGUUAGAUCAGCGCAGGACGGAGCAAGGAGUCUGUGUCAGUUAGGCGUCGAGUCGACUCGAGUCGGGGGUGACCGCGGCUGCCCGGAGCUGCUCUUAGUGUUGUAACCGGAUGAAAGCUGAAACAUUUGUGUCGUGCGUGGUGCGCAGCCUUUCCAGAUUGAAAGUGGUGGUCAGUUGUGGAUUUGUAUGUACGACCAUUGUGUAAGAUUUGACAGCAAACAUUGCGGAUUUCGCUCGGCACAAAUAGAGCCCAUCCAAUCAGAAGUUUUUCCAAGUUAAGUCAAGAUGUUUAUACUGAACCCUCCUUCCAAUCGAGAAAGACUUGAACUUGGCUGGCUUUGGAAAACACGUGAAAUGCAGGGUGCAAAACACAAUAGUAGGACUUGAAGCUUAAGCCUUUCUCCCACGUAAAGCUUAGCAUUUAGUGUAGUUUCCUUGGUUUCAUGUAUCCACUGUCAACACAUGCUACCAAAAGUAAUCCAACAAUUGAUGGAGAAUGCAAGGAAAGGUAUUUUUCACGAUGCUAAGAAGUUGUUUCUUAGUGAGCAGGCAGGCCGAGCCCAGAUUCAAGACUUUGCAUGCAAGAAUGCUGCCAACGUACUUUCUCUCUCAAAUCUUGUGAUGGGACUUUCUUCAAUUCUAUGUACCUUAAAUGGGCAGCAUUUAUACGCUUGUUGGCUAAUCCUUUUUGGGUUUCUUCUUGAUCUGGCUGAUGGAGCUGUUGCUCGACAACUUAAUGCUUGUUCUGCUCUUGGGGCCAAAUUAGAUGAUUUUGCAGAUUUCACAACAUUUGGAAUUGCAACUUCACUAUUACUGCAGGCCCACGGCAUACUGAGCAGCGUUUUCAUAAUAUGCUAUGUGAUGGCUGUGUUUAUACGUCUCUGCUUCUUUUCUAGUGGAAUUCCAUUUGUCUACCGGGGCCUUCCCUGUCCUUAUGCUUCAGUUAUCCUAUCCUCAACCUUUGUCUUGACUGGAGGGAAUUGUUUCUUCCUGCAUAUCGCUGCAGUGGUGAUGAUCCUCUUCAUGACUGACCAAGGCAAUUAUCCCCAUGACAGGAUCUUGGAAACACAGCUUUGGAAAAAAACUGUGUACAUCGGAGGUGAGGUGCCAGAAGACUGGAAGACAGCAAAUGUGGUAGCUUUAUUCAAGAAGGGCAACAGGGAUAAGUCAGGUCUGAUGAUGUUGUUUUGCUGUCCCCUGCGGCUGACCUGCAUAUACUAUUUGAUUUGGUGUUUCUCCUAUACACUUUUCCCAUCUGCUCUGUGGAGCAAUGAAUAAUAAAUCCCUGUUUCAUGGAUACCCUUCAUAUUACAGGAUUCAUACAACAGUGCAGCAACCAGAUCAAAUCACAUAAAAACAGCCGUACAUGAAAACUGUAGAAAGAUUGACCUAUUCUGUCCUAAUAGGGUGAUACGGUUUUCUUUUUAAAGUUUCUGAACAGAAUGGAGGUACUCAUAUUUUGCAUCCCAUUAACUAAUUCAUUUGCAGUAAUAUCAGUCAUUCCUGAUUUUUUUCACAAAUCAGUUCCGCACAGAACGAGCAGAAUGUAACAUUCGAGGUUCAAUUAUGAGUUUGAAAGGAUACGAUCUUUGUAUUUAAAUCACUCAUUAAAACUUUAAGCACUUUUUACAUUUAUUCAAAAAGUUAUGAAUGAUGUAUUCAAAAUAUGACUUUCCUUUGUUUCAUUUUUAUUGAAAUAAAAACAAAUUGUUCAGUUUUAUUUGCUGUGGAAACCAAUAGUUCAAAUAUGCCCAAGUUAUUACCUAAGUGAAGCAUUGGAUCAAUUAUCUUUUAAAUCUUCUGGACAGAUCAGACAUGGGUUAAGUUGUGGCUUAUUUUAUGAUUUUUAAGUAUUAAAGUAUGUUUACCAAUGGGCUAACACGAAGUGCUUGAUCGCGUCUCUUCUCUUUAACUCCACACUGAUCAACAUUUAAAAAAUUCUCAGACACACUCCUUAAAUGAAUCAAUGGGCAAAGGAUCCCAGGUUGCUGGCAUUCUUCUGAAAAUAUCAGAAUCAACUUACUUUUUGGAGUUUUCCAUUCCCACAUACUAGUAGCACAUGCCACAUUAAGGAAUUUCCUUCACUCCUUUUGCAAAUUACACUUCUAGUCACCUUUGAAUAAUCAUUUCUGGACUUCUGAAAACUUGGUAAACUCUUUGAAUUGAGCUGGAAACAUGCACUGAAAUCCUAGUCCACAUCCAACCUACAACAGUUUGACCCAACGCAAUUGCACCUAAAAUCCUAUCUCGAUGAUUGGUGCGCCCAACCAGUGCCAAUCCUGGUGAUUACCAAACUAUCCCUCCACAACUCGCUCAAUGUUCGUUCUAGAGUUAAAGAGUGUUUUAUUGUCAUAUGUCCCUCCACAAUGGGACAAUGAAAUUCUUACUUGCUGCAGCACAACAGAAUAUGUGAAUAUGUAAACAUAGUACAUAACGGGGAGAAAGAAAAAGUUCAAUAAAUUAACAAAUAUAAUGCAAUAAUAAGUCUUUUGCCGUUCAGAGCUUAUUCGUUGUUGUGUUUAAUAGCCUGAUGGCUGUAGAAAGAAGCUGUUCCUGAACUUGGACAUUGCAGUUUUCAGGCUCCUGUACCUUCUUCCUGAUGGCAAUGGAGAAAUGAGUGUGUGGCCUGGACGGUGUGGGUCUUUGAUGAUUUUGGGAUCCCAUUUAAAUGUGGUAUUCUGUUCAAUGCAGGAACCCUUACACUCAUUUCACUCUCCAUCCGUCUGACAUUCCAUCCCAUCAUGUCCCCUCAUCCAACUCCUCCUCUUCAACGAGACUUCACACUUUUUCGUUAAAUCAGUAGAAAAUCAUUGCUGCCUGCCUCCUGGCAUUUGUGUCUUGUGAUUUAAAGGACUUGAGAAUUAA